GACAGUGGGUCUGUGACAGACCGAAUAAAGGGGCUGGGGCCACGAGUACCGCUGACACGCGAUGGGGAAGAAACAGAAAAACAAGAGCGAAGACAGUGCCAAGGAUGAUAUUGAUCUCGAUGCUUUGGCUGCAGAAAUAGAAGGAGCUGGUGCUGCCAAGGAACAGGAACCUCAAAAGUCAAAGGGGAAAAAGAAAAAGGAGAAAAAAAAGCAAGAUUUUGAUGAAGAUGAUAUCCUGAAAGAACUGGAAGAAUUGUCUUUAGAGACUCAAGGCAUCAAACCUGACAGAGAAAGUGCUCCAGUAAAGCCAACAGAAAAUAAUGAAGAAGAAUCCACCUUAAAACAAGAGAAAAAAAAGAAAGGACAAAAAGGCAAAAAACAAAGUUUUGAUGAUAAUGACAAUGAAGAAUUGGAAGAUAAAGAUUCAAAAUCGAAAAAGACUGCAAAACCGAAAGGCGAAAUGUACUCUGGGAGUGAUGAUGAUGAUGAUUUUAAUAAAAUUUCUAAAAAAGCAAAAGGGAAAGGUCAGAAAUCAAGUAAAAAGUGGGAUGGGUCGGAGGAGGAUGAGGAUAACAGUAAAAGAACUAAAGAGCAUUCCAGAGUAAAUUCUUCAGGUGAAAGUGGUGAUGAAUCAGAUGAAUUUUUGCAGUCUAGAAAAGGACAGAAAAAAAAUCAAAAGAAUAAACCAGGCCCUAAUAUAGAGAGUGGGAAUGAAGAUGAUGAUUCCUCCUUUAAAAUUAAGACAGUGGCCCAAAAGAAGGCAGAAAAGAAAGAGCGUGAGAGAAAAAAGAGAGAUGAAGAAAAGGCAAAAUUACGGAAGCUGAAAGAAAAAGAGGAGUUAGAAACAGGUAAAAAGGAUCAGAGUAAACAAAAAGAAUCUCAGAAGAAAUCUGAAGAGGAACCUCUAAAAUCCAAAGGGACUCUUGAUGCUGGAGCAACCCUUGCCUCUGAAGAGAAAGGAGAGACUACCGCAGCAGCAGAAGAUGACAAUGAAGGAGACAAAAAGAAAAAAGAAAAGAAGAAAAAGAAAGGAGAAAAGGAAGAAAAAGAGAAAGAGAAGAAAAAAGGACCUAGUAAAGCCACAGUUAAAGCUAUGCAGGAAGCUCUGGCUAAGCUAAAAGAAGAAGAGGAAAGACAGAAGAGAGAAGAGGAAGAACGGAUAAAAAGACUUGAGGAACUAGAAGCCAGACGCAAAGAAGAGGAACGAUUAGAACAAGAAAAAAGAGAAAGGAAAAAGCAGAAAGAAAAAGAAAGAAAAGAACGUUUGAAAAAAGAAGGGAAACUUUUAACUAAAUCCCAGAGAGAAGCCAGAGCCAGAGCUGAAGCUACCCUUAAACUUCUACAAGCUCAGGGUGUUGAAGUGCCAUCAAAAGACUCUUUGCCAAAGAAAAGGCCAAUUUAUGAAGAUAAAAAAAAGAAAAAAGCACAACAGCUAGAAAAUAAAGAAGUGUCCGAACCGAUAGAAUUAAGCACUGCUGUUGAAGUUGUGGAACAGGGAGUACCAGACAAAGAAGAGUUACCACCUUCUGUUGAACCAGAAGAGGAAGAAGAAACUGAGGAUGGUGGACUGGAUGAUUGGGAAGCUAUGGCCAGUGAAGAGGAGAGAGAAAAUGAGGGAAAUACAGUACAUAUAGAAGUAAAAGAAAACCCUGAAGAGGAGGAGGAAGAGGAAGAAGAGGAAGAAGAAGAAGAAGAGAGUGAAGAGGAAGAGGAAGAAGAAGGAGAAAGUGAAGGCAGUGAAGGUGACGAGGAAGAUGAAAAGGUGUCAGAUGACAAAGAUGUGGGAAAAACAUUAGAUAAAAAACUAAGUAAAGAAAUGAGCUCAGAAUCUGAAUAUGACUCUGAUGAUGAUCGAACUAAAGAAGAAAGAGCUUAUGACAAAGCAAAACGGAGGAUUGAGAAACGGAGACUAGAACACAGUAAAAAUGUAAAUACAGAAAAGUUAAGAGCCCCUAUUAUCUGUGUGCUUGGACAUGUGGACACAGGGAAGACAAAAAUUUUGGAUAAACUCCGGCACACUCAUGUUCAAGACGGUGAAGCAGGAGGCAUCACACAACAAAUUGGGGCCACUAAUGUCCCCCUUGAAGCUAUUAAUGAACAGACUAAGAUGAUUAAAAAUUUUGAUAGAGAAAAUGUGCGGAUUCCAGGAAUGCUGAUUAUUGAUACUCCUGGGCAUGAGUCUUUCAGUAAUCUGAGAAACAGAGGAAGCUCUCUUUGUGAUAUUGCCAUUUUAGUUGUUGAUAUUAUGCAUGGUUUGGAGCCUCAGACAAUUGAAUCUAUCAACCUUCUGAAAUCUAAAAAAUGCCCCUUCAUUGUUGCACUCAAUAAGGGUUUGAAUGCUGCUUUAUUUUAUGAGAAUAAAGAUCCUCGUACUUUUGUGUCCUUGGUACCUACCUCUGCACAUACUGGUGAUGGCAUGGGAAGUCUGAUAUACCUUCUUGUUGAAUUAACUCAGACAAUGUUAAGCAAGAGACUUGCACACUGUGAAGAGCUUAGAGCACAGGUGAUGGAGGUUAAAGCUCUCCCGGGAAUGGGCACCACGAUAGACGUAAUAUUGAUCAAUGGACGUUUGAAGGAAGGAGAUACAAUCAUUGUUCCUGGAGUAGAAGGACCCAUUGUAACUCAGAUUAGAGGCCUCCUGUUACCUCCUCCUAUGAAGGAAUUACGAGUGAAGAAUCAAUAUGAAAAGCAUAAAGAAGUCGAAGCAGCUCAGGGUGUAAAGAUUCUUGGAAAAGACCUUGAGAAAACGUUGGCUGGCUUACCCCUCCUGGUGGCUUAUAAAGAAGAUGAAAUCCCUGUUCUUAAAGAUGAGUUGAUCCAUGAGUUAAAGCAGACACUAAAUGCCAUCAAAUUAGAAGAAAAAGGAGUCUACGUCCAGGCAUCUACACUGGGCUCUUUGGAAGCUCUACUUGAAUUUCUGAAAACAUCAGAAGUCCCCUAUGCAGGAAUUAAUAUUGGCCCAGUCCAUAAAAAAGAUGUUAUGAAAGCUUCAGUGAUGUUGGAACAUGAUCCUCAGUAUGCAGUAAUUUUGGCUUUUGAUGUGAGAAUUGAACGGGAUGCACAAGAAAUGGCUGAUAGUUUAGGAGUUAGAAUUUUUAGUGCAGAAAUUAUUUAUCAUUUAUUCGAUGCCUUUACAAAAUAUAGACAAGACUACAAGAAACAGAAACAAGAAGAAUUUAAGCACAUAGCAGUAUUUCCCUGCAAGAUGAAAAUCCUUCCUCAGUUUAUUUUCAAUUCUCGAGAUCCAAUAGUGAUGGGAGUGACUGUGGAAGCAGGUCAGGUGAAACAGGGCACACCCAUGUGUGUCCCUAGCAAAAAUUUUGUUGAUAUUGGAAUAGUAACAAGUAUUGAAAUAAACCAUAAACAAGUGGAUGUUGCAAAAAAAGGACAAGAAGUCUGUGUCAAAAUAGAACCGAUCCCUGGUGAAUCUCCCAAAAUGUAUGGAAGACAUUUUGAAGCUACUGAUAUUCUCGUCAGUAAGAUCAGCCGACAGUCCAUCGAUGCACUCAAAGACUGGUUCAGAGAUGAGAUGCAGAAGAGUGACUGGCAGCUUAUUGUGGAGCUGAAGAAAGUAUUUGAAAUCAUCUAA